UAUUAGCUUGCUCGUUACUAGAUAUGUUUAGUAGCUUGUGACCUGUUCAUAACUAAGUUACAGCCAACUCAGCUACGUGAGGGGAGGUAAAGUGGCUACGUUUGAUAGCUAGGUAGCUCUUCCAACACUUUUUUUGUCCCUGGACCAGACAAACAGUCGUAUUUCAUUGUAGCUUUACUCGGUUUUAGUAAUUUUAUCUGACUUUAUUUUUUAAUAUUGUAACACUGAAAUUGUGUGUGCUUGUAUAUGUAUGUGUACUCAUGCAUGCUUUUCUGAAUCCAACAGCAUCAUUACUUAAGAAGUACCACGGAGGUCAUGUUGUUAUCCGUAUGGCACUCGGUGGCGCCACUAACAGGCCAUUUUACCGCAUAGUGGCGGCUUACAAUAAACGGUCACGGGAUGGCAAAUGCAUUGAGCAGCUGGGAUCGUAUGACCCUCUCCCAAACAUCUACAACGAGAAACUUGUCGGUUUCAACUACGACCGAAUCAAGUACUGGAUGGGUUGUGGGGCUCAUCCAACAAAGCCUGUGGCCAAACUCUUAGGCCUGGCUGGAUUCUUCCCCCUGCAUCCCAUGACAGUAACGGAGGCAGAGCGCCGAAGAAAAGCAGCAUUGACAGAAUCAAAAGCAGAGAGUGAAGACCAAGAAGAACAAGGAGCAGAGUAGUAAACUAUUAACUGGCACUGUCUGAGCACCAUAUUUUCUUUUGGUUGUCAGUUCAAACAAACUCCUUACACCAAAUUCAUGUAAGCUUAUGAUUUGCAUUGUCUUUCUGAAUUUCCAUACAUUUUCGGUUGUCCAUGUGCUUUAUUUAGUAGCGGUCAGAAGAUCUAUGCAUUUCGUGCUGUUUUUUGUAUAAGAGAAUAAAAUUGUCACCAGUAAUCUUUAGCAUUUCAGGUUAUUUUUUAAUCAUUAAACAAUACAUAAACAUAAAAAACCUCAUUUUUUCAGGGCAAGUUUUAUUUUUAGUCACAUCAAGCAGCUAGCUGCAUCCGUAGUUCCACUGGGCACAUGUUUUAUGUCACAUGUGGUUUAUAAAUAUAUUGUACAAAUACAUGCAGAAUUUGUGUUUGCUUUUGUUGUACCUGAAACAGUGUUGCAUCCCCCCACUGUCUUUCACAACACAGUCACACUUCUCUCCAUUCACACUGCCUGGCUCGCCUCAUGCUACUGGUUGUUAUAUAUUUAAAGCUGGGUUUCCUAGUGUCCUGGACUAAAAGUGCAAAUGUUGAAAUAGGAGGAGGAAUGUGGUCAUUGGGGAUUUAUUGUCAAAAAAAUAAAUGACUAAUGUCUUCUGAUA